AAAGCAAAAACGGGGAGAGCAGAGAAAGAUCGAAGCUUUAGCGGAAAAUGAAUCUCAACAAUGAGCGAAUGUCCAAAGCUCUACUAUCACAAACCCAAUAAAGCUCAAUUGAAGCAAUUUCAGAAGCAACAGAAAGGAAAUGAUUUUCCUUCAACAUCAUCAGGUGUAGCAACAUCAUAUACAAUGGGUCAGUCGCCGCCACUUCAACCUCCAAGGGAGUCUUUUGUAAGGCGUUACAAGUUCCUUUGGCCUCUUAUUUUGGCUGUUAACUUUACUGUUGGAGCUUAUCUUUUCAUUAGAACGAAGAAAAAUGACUUGAGCAUAACAGGAGAAGAUGUUGAUUCGAGUCCUCUUGUUUCAACUACAACUGUCGCUCCUCCUGUUACCGAAACCUCAUUACCUGCACCACCCGUCACACGGUAUUUAAAGGUGAUUGAACUGAUUCCAGAGAGUCAGCAACAUGAACUUUUUAAAUAUAUAUUAGAAGAGAAAAGGAAAGUCAAACCGAAAUAUCUCGAAGAGAAGAAGCGGCUCGAUGAAGAGAAAGCUUUACUUAAACAAUUCAUCCUAGCGAAAUCCAUACCUCAGUUAUGACUUGAAAUUCCAUUGCUGAAACUUGGAUAGUUUAUUACUUGAACCAGUAAC